AUGGGUCGCUUCUCGUUGUUCGCUUCUCUGCUGUUGGCGACCAAUGGUGUCUUGGGCGCCAAAUGGAUUGGUGAAGUCAAGAAGGUCGAUGGUGUUGACUAUCAAUGCAAAUGCUACUCCGACAACGCUUGCUGGCCGACCAAUGCAGACUGGGAGAAGCUCAACCAGACUGUCUCAGGCGCGCUUCAGCUUGCCAUCCCACCCGGUGCUGUCUGCUACAAGAACUUUGAGAACGGCACCAGCGUAUACGAUGCGGCGAAGUGUGCGGACACUCAGGCCAACUGGGGCAACGAGCAAUGGCUGACCGACCAUCCCAUCGCCGAGCUCUGGCCUCUCAAGACGAACAACACCUGUAUGCCAACUGACGAUCCAUCAGGAACCUGUACACGUGGUUUCUAUGGAAAGUAUGUCAUCAUGGCAACUACAAAGCAACAGAUCCGAGCUGGUGUCAAGUUCGCACGGGAGCGCAACCUCCGUCUGAUCAUCAGAAACACCGGUCACGACUUCAUGGGUCGUUCCACCGGAUACGGCGCACUCAUCAUCAACACUCACAGCUUCAAGGAUGUCAAGUUUCUCAAGAAGUACACUGGGCCUGGUGACUGGACGGGCAGCGCGGCCAUUGUCGGUGCUGGUGUACAAGGCCGUGAAUUGUACAAGCAAUGCUUUGCUCAGAGCCCCAAGGUGGUCAUCGUUGGUGGAGAGUGCCCAACUGUUGGCUGGGCCGGAGGUUACAUUCAAGGAGGCGGCCAUGGCCCUCUUUCCGGAAUAUACGGCAUGGGCGCUGACAAUGUCCUCUCGUUCGACGCCGUUACCGCUGAGGGUAAAUUCGUGACCGCCAACGCAAAGGAGAACUCGGACCUCUUCUGGGCUCUUAAGGGUGGCGGCCCCAGCUCCUUUGCUGUUGUUAUCUCCAUCACUGUCAAGACCUUCCCGGAAGUCCCUGUCGCUGGCACGAUCCUCAACAUCAACUCCACGCACACCAAUGACACUGAGCUGUUCGCCAAGGGUGUUCACAUCUUCCACAACCUGGCCAACCACUACAGCGAGCAUGGCAUGUUCGUGUACUUUGAGCUUGGCCCUGGUCCUCAGCGCCUCCACAUUGCACCUUUCGUUGGUCCCAACAUGAACGAAGAACAGCUUGGAAAGGUCCUCGCCCCACUAUACGAGCAGCUAGACGCGGCCAAAGUCCCUUACGACACCCACACUCGCGCCUUCCCUACCUUCUUCGAGUUCUACAUCGACAUGUUCGAAGACGAGCCCCCGAAUCAACAAUCCGUCGUCGGCGGCCGCCUCUUUACACAAUCCGAUAUCAGCGCCCACGGCGACGAAAUUGCCGACGCUCUCAUCUACGCCGCCAUGCCUGAGCCCACCCAACUCGGUUUCAACGUCGGCCACAUUGUCAACCCCGGCCACGCUUAUCCCAAGGUCGACAAUGCUAUUCAUCCCACGUGGCGCAACGCCAGUAGCUUCGUCAUUACGAACGUUUUGAUGACAGGCAACGAGCCCUGGGACGUUAAGAAGGAACGCGAGAACUUCAACACCAAUGUCCUGGGUAAGCGACUCCGGGAUGUGAGUCCCGCUGGUGCGAGUUAUGUGAACGAGGGUGAUCUCAAUGAGCCGAACUGGCAGGAAGCGUACUGGGGAAGCAAUUACCCCAAGUUGUUGAAGAUACGCCAGAAGUAUGAUCCCGAGGGUGUCUUCUUUACUGAGACGACGCCCGGUACGGAGAAUUGGAGUGUUAUGGACUAUGGUACCAAGCUUUGUAAGAAGAGUACCAACAUCAGCUCACCUUCACAAGCCAAUGGACCUGGAGCCUCUGAUACCAGCCAUCAUCCCAAUUGUUUGCGAGCCCUCUGCUGUCUAUCGCCUGUUUGUGUAUUAGCCCCGAAGCGUGCGCUCCUUCCGCUCCUUGCGCACCCGCCGUAUACGCUCCCGUCGCUGUUCCUCGCCUCCGCCAUCCAUCGCAUUCCGAAUCAUCGCACCAGGCUCCUAUUCACGACAACAGCCACUUUGACGUCUGUCCUUCUCGUUCCUACCACCGAAGUCCUCCUCACAUCGCGCGACAAGGAAUCAAACACCUCGUACAUCGACCUCAGCGGUUCCGAAGACUUCCUCGCAAGCCAUGUGCUGCGCGUACCGGGCGGAGUGGGGCCGAACAAUCACCCCAAGGACUCGGGUAGUUUCAGGGAAACGCGGGGGAAGGCGAAGCAGUUUACCACCGCAAAUGGCCGGACGGUGAUAGUCAAGGAUGCCUUCAUCUAUAGCAACAAAGGAUUCAAGACACUCAACCAGGCGCAGCUCUUGAGCGAUACCAUUUUCUACCCCGACUCCUUCGAUGCCCAGCCAUGGCUCGUCUACUUUAUAUCGCGGCCCCUCAUAGGCACCUUCGAUGCGAACCCAAUAAUACCCGCUACACUUCAGCCCAAGCAGGAUGCAGGACCAGGACCAGGACCAGGACCAGGACCAGGACCAUCGGUCGCAGCGGGCCCAUCUGGAGGCGCCAGCUCCUCCAUGCCUCGGAAGAAGGAAGUCAAGUCCUUCAGCGACCUGUUGAACCACUUCCCAAUGAUUGCACGUCAAAUGCAACCAGGGCUGGAGAGGCUGUUCAAGGAGUUUGGCAAGGAGCUUGAGAAGCCUUUGCCAGCGACACCAUCACAGAGGUCGCGGCGAUCAUCCAUGAGUUCACGAAGACGCGGGUCAGUGUCCUCAGGAGAGACGACGCCUUUCUCUUUACACAGCAGCAUGUCACACGGCACGAAUGGGUUUGUCUCAAAUCUGGAGAUUAGCGACGAAGAAGACCAAAUGCGGAGGUCGCUAGAAACCGCAGUAACAGCGGCCAUUGACCUCUUCCAGAUGGUAGAUAAGCAGCAACUAUCUUUAUUGGGCGCCACAACCGACUUGACGGGCCCCAUCGUGGAGCGCAUGAUUGAACGAUAUAUCGCCGAGCAAGUACACCACACAAUCCUCUUCCCGCGAAUACAAGAAAUACGGCUCCUAGAAGACACCGACCUCGAGCGCCGCACGCGACAAAUGGUGGACAUUGAUAUAUCGCAGGUCGGCAUCGACAUCGGCCAUGGCCGCAAAGGCAAGCAAGAACUAGCUAUACGACUUUCCAAGGCUGUCGACAUGUUCAAGAAGAUGGGUGUUGCGGGAAGUCCACAAGAGAUGUUGGAAAUACUUCUCAGCGUGCAGAAGCACAUCACAAUGCCGGAUGAAUCGCAAGAGAAGGUCAUGACAAACGGAGAGCAGAUGUCAGAGAAGCAAGAUCAUCUUCUUACCAUCAACGCGGAUACACUUGUGUCGUUGUUGCUCAUAGUAGUGAUAAGAGCGCCUGUACGGCAUCUGCAGGCACGACUUUCAUACAUGCGACAUUUCAUCUUCAUCGACGACGUCGAGAGCGGGGAGAUGGGCUAUGCGCUCAGCACAUUCGAGGCUGUCCUUUCCUAUCUGACGACAGACUCAGGCGGUCUGCGAAGAGCAAGCCGACGGAAUCGGGCGUUGUGGCAGGCCACGAAAUCUGGUGAUCUCGAAACAAUGCAGGGUAUACUGGAGCCCGAUCGCUCGUUCAAUCCAGAUCUGGAUAGCUUCUCGGAUGAGAGCGAUACCCCACCGAGAAAUCGUCAGCUCAGGUUUGCUGCAAGUUUAUCAGAUUUGCAUUCUGUAGGAGGCACUACCUUGAAUGGGGACGAUGAAUACUCAUCACGACGGCGAAGCAUAUCUCGCGACAAGAGUGUGUAUGAAGAUGGUCCCCUGGCACACAUAUUCCCUUUCCAGCGCGCUCAAACACCACCACUACCUGGCAGACCGAAGAUGAAGAAGAGGGUAUCCAUGGAUACUAGGAGUAUGUCGAGUGGCUCAGCACGAUCGCUCCGAUCUCGUACGACCCUUGAUUCCCGGGUUAGCGCUAUCGAAGGCGAUGUUUCGAUAGAAAGGCUUACCAUGACACAAGGGCCCGAUGGUGAAUCGGUGAUGAUGAUGGCGAUUGAAAACAAUCAAGAUAAAGCACUGCAAUACCUGCUUAGUCUUACCGAGUACUACACUCCCUCUUAUGUCUUUGAAGACUACAACAACGAAGGCACCAAUUUGUUGAGUGCAGCAAUCCAACUGGGCCAUACUAGAACGACAGACACGAUUCUCAACUACAUCCUGGACAACAGCCCCAGUCCCCAGGCACUGAAAGAAUUUUUAUCCAGACCAGACGCAAAGGGUAGAUGCGUGGCACAUUAUCUCUUCAAUCAACCUCGACUUAUAGACCGCAUCGGGCAUCUUUUGCCCUGGCAGCUGAAAGACAAGAACGGCCAGACACCGGUCUUCGCUUUGGCUAGGGCAUACGAUCACGAUGAGUACCACGACAUGGUCGACAAAGCACUGCUCGCCGCGACUCAUUAUCAGGAUGACGGACAACCAUUACAUCUUGACGAACACGUUGACAACAAGGGAAACAGCUUGCUACACAUCAUCACAGACCCUCAACUAGCAGCAAAGCUACUGUACCGCUGUGAUUCCGAUGCCAAUGCGACAAACGAUCGACAGUUCACACCACUCAUGGUAGCUAGCAAAUACGGCCGAACGGACAUGGUGCGAGUGCUCUUCCAAGACCCCCGAGUAGACCUUUCUUACAGAGACGCCCGUGGCCUCACAGCCGUGGAACUUGCCAAAGACGACGACGUCCGAAACCGCAUCGACGAUCUGGUUCUCCUCUCGAACGAAGCCGGUCCAGACGGUCGCACAACGACAGUCGUUCGCUCCUUCUUUGUCGAAGACGGAACCGUCCGACUCGUUUUGAAAUCUGGUGCGCCCAAUGAUAACAAGACCAUUACCGUGACAACAUGUCGUAGAUCGUCGCAGGACUUUGAGAAUCUUGCGAAAUGGCUCGCACAAGAACAUCCUGCGUCUUGGUUACCUGUCAUACAUAACCUAGCAUCCCCUUACCUGAUUCCGUCGAGACCUUCGCGGUCGAUCCUGCGGGAUAUGCAGUUACGCCUCGAUGCGUUUCUCAAAAUCCUGCUGCGACAUCCCACCUUCUCCACGCACGAAAUGGUCUGGGAAUUCUUCUUGGUGCCUGACAUCGACUCGUCGAUGCUAGCCGAGCGCUCCGCGCGGAAAGCCGAACUGCGUGUUGAGCGGUUGAGAGAAGAGUAUGCGCCUAUAUACGACGUAAGGGAAGUGGAACUCUUUGUCCAGCAUAUGCGGGAAAAUAUCCGGGCGCUACAUCAUGCGUCAAGAAGUGUGCUGCGGCGCGCAAAUAAAGUCCGGGCUAGCGCUAGUGAUCUCAACGAUGCAGCAAAGAUAUCGAACACGGCUAUGCAUUCGCUUACCUUCCUACCGGAAGUCCAUCUCAAGGCACUGGACCGGUAUACAGCGUGUUUAAAACAGAGCGACGCAAGUCCCAUGUCAGGAUUCUAUUACUCCAUGCACGCCAUCUCCUCGACCAUCACCGCCAUCCUAACCGCCUUGUCCCGCCCUUCCACCAUCAUCACCCAAAUGGCAACGACGCAGAAAUCCAUUGACCGCCACAACCUCUCUGUCCGCCGCAGCGACCGCUGGCCUCUGGGUCUGCUAGACGACGCUCGCUCCCGUGUCCAGCGCGAUGCGCAGGACAAGAUGGAUAAGAGUAGAGGUGAAUUGGAGGACUUGGGCCGCGAACUCCGGUACACGCAGCAGGUUGUUGCGCAGGAGUUGGCGAGCUGGCAGGAGAAUAGGGUCGAGACGGGGAAGAAUGCGCUGAGGGAGUUGGCGAGGAAGAUGGUGGUUGUGGAGCGGGCGAGGUUGGAGAGUAUGAGGAGGGCGGUUAGGGGGUUGGGGAUUGGCGUCGAGAAGGUUGUUGACGUUGCCGAGAGUACAUCACAUCAUCAUCAACAACAACAACAUCGGGGGAUCAUGGCGAAUGGGGGGUUGGUCAAUGGGUUUGCCGAUCGUCAUCAUCAUGAUCAUGGUAUAGAUGUCGCUGGGCCGCUUCCAACGGUCGAGCAGGGCAGGUUCCACGAUGUUACGGAUGAGGAUGUUGAGGAGGGACCGGGUGCUGUCGAGGACUCGGAGGCGGAAGGCGUGGUUUUGUCGAAUGGCGGGGUGGCUGCCGAGGAGGUGCCGCCUGCGGAUGAACUUGCACAGGAGUCGAUCAUGUCGAUGGGGGGACCGGGGGAUCAAGCGGUGGGGUCUGUGUGA